GCCGGUGCGCGCCGCCAUUGUGGCCAGUUCGAUCGGUAUCGGGAGCGGAGAGCGGAGCUCAGCGAGCCCGGAGCAGGGAGCAGCCCCCCCCCCCCCCCCACGGCCGGCCUCAGUCACCAUCACACCGCGGGAGGCGGCGCAAACAGCAGUCACCACCACCGUCCGCACCGAACAGCCGCCGCCAUGAGCAGCGAGGCCGAGACCCAGCCGCCCGCCGCCCCCGUCCCCGCGGCGGCUCCCGCCGCCCCCGCCGACUCCAAGCCAAACGGCGGGACCGGGAACGGGAGCAGCGGCCUGGCCUCGGCGGCGCCUCCCGCUGGCGGGGACAAGAAGGUCAUCGCAACGAAGGUUUUGGGAACAGUGAAAUGGUUCAACGUGAGGAACGGUUACGGCUUCAUCAACAGGAAUGACACCAAGGAAGAUGUGUUUGUCCAUCAGACUGCCAUAAAGAAGAAUAACCCCAGGAAGUACCUCCGCAGCGUAGGAGACGGAGAGACCGUGGAGUUUGAUGUGGUUGAGGGAGAAAAGGGUGCGGAGGCAGCCAAUGUCACAGGACCUGGUGGAGUUCCAGUGCAGGGCAGUAAAUACGCAGCAGACCGUAACCAUUACAGACGAUAUCCACGUCGUAGGGGUCCUCCACGCAACUACCAGCAAAACUACCAGAACAGUGAGAGUGGGGAAAAGAAUGAAGGAGCAGAGAACAUACCAGAAGGUCAAGCCCAGCAACGCCGUCCCUAUCGCAGGCGGCGGUACCCACCUUACUACAUGCGUAGGCCCUACGGGCGUCGUCCACAAUACACCAACCCUCCCGUGCAGGGAGAGAUAGUGGAGGGUGCUGACAACCAGGGUGCAGGAGACGGCAGACCAGUCAGGCAAAACAUGUACCGGGGUUACAGACCGAGAUUUCGCAGCUUGACUUUCAGGGGUCCUCCUCGUCAAAGACAGCCUAGAGAGGACGGAAAUGAAGAAGAUAAAGAGAACCAAGGGGAUGAAACCCAAAGUCAGCAGCCACCUCAACGUCGGUACCGCCGUAAUUUCAACUACCGACGCAGACGCCCAGAGAACCCUAAACCACAAGAUGGCAAAGAGACGAAGACAGCCGAACCACCAGCUGAGAACACGUCCGCUCCCGAGGCUGAGCAGGGCGGGGCUGAGUAAAUACCGGCUUAACA